GUCGCCAUGAGUCUGAUGCUGGAGACGCUGCUGGGCCCCCCGGGGGGGCUCCGCAAGGAGCCGGGCCGCGCUGCCCCGCGCUCCGCCGCCUCCAGCGGCUUCUACUCGUGGCCGGCCCCGGUGGUGGGACGGGCGCGGGGCGCGGGGGGCGGCGGCGGCAGCGCGGCCGCGUCCUCCACCGAGAGCCUGGACUCGCUGAACGGCGAACCGCGGGCGCGCAACGAGAAGGAGCUGCUGCAGGUGCUGAACGACCGCUUCGCCGGCUACAUCGAGCGGGUGCGGGCGCUGGAGCAGCAGAACCGGGCGCUGGCGGCCGAGGCGGCGGCGCUGCGGCAGCAGCAGGCGGGGCGCUCGGCCAUGGGCGAGCUGUACGCGCGGGAGCUGCGGGACAUGCGGGGCACCGUGCUGCGCCUGGGCGCCGAGAAGGGCCAGCUGCGGCUGGAGCGGGCGCGCCUGGCCGAGGACGUGGCGGCGCUGCGGGGAAGGCUGGAGGACGAGGCUCGGCAGCGCUCGGAGCUGGAGGCGGCGGCCCGCGGGCUGGCGCAGCGCUCGGCGCAGGAGGAGCGGGCGCGGGCGCCGCUGGAGGAGCGAGCCCGGGCGCUGCGGGAGGAGGCGGAGCAGCUGCGGAGGCAGCACCGCGCCGAGGUGGGAGCGCUGCUGCGCGGGGCGCGCCCCGAGCUGCCCGCGGAGCCCCCCGCCUCCCUGCGCCCCGGCGUCACCGCCGCGCUCCGCGACCUGCGCGCACAGCUGGAGGGCACGGCGGCCCGCAGCACCCUGCAGGCCGAGGAGUGGUUCCGCGUGAGGCUGGACAAGCUCUCGGAGGUGGCCAAGGUGAACACGGACGCCAUGCGCUUGGCCCAGGAGGAGAUCUCCGAGUACCGCCGGCAGCUCCAGGCCAAGACCACCGAGCUGGAAGCCCUCAAAGGGACCCAGGAGUCGCUGGAGAGGCAGAGGCAGGACUCGGAGGAGCGCCAUCAUGCAGAUGUCCUGUCCUACCAGGAAACCAUCCAGCAGCUUGACAGCGAGCUGAGGAACACCAAGUGGGAGAUGGCAGCUCAGCUCCGCGAGUACCAGGAUCUGCUCAACGUCAAAAUGGCCCUGGACAUCGAAAUUGCUGCCUACAGAAAGCUCCUGGAAGGGGAGGAGUAUCGGCUCGAGACUGGCAUUGGGAUGCUCUCCUACCCCGAGGUGGUCCCCAAGCCUCCCAGCAUCACCACCAGCAUCAAGGUGAAGAGCGAGGAGAAGAUCAAGGUGGUGGAAAAAUCAGAGAAGGAGACAGUGAUUGUGGAGGAGCAGACAGAGGAAAUCCAGGUGACCGAGGAGGUCACAGAGGAGGACGAGGCUGAGAAAGAGGCUGAAGAGGAAAAAGCUGAAGAGAAGGAGGAAGAGGGAGAGGAAGAAGAAGAGGAGAAAGCUGAAGAAGAGGGUGAAGAAAAGGCCAAGUCUCCUGCAAAGGAGGAGGCCAAGUCCCCAAAGAAACCUGAGUCCCCCUCAAAGGAGGAGGCCAAGACCCCAGCAGUCAAGUCCCCUGAAAAGCCCCCAUCCCCCUCAAAGGAGGGGGCCAAGACCCCAGCUGUGAAAUCCCCAGAAAAACCUGCAACCCCCUCAAAGGAGGAGGCCAAGAGCCCAGCUGUGAAGUCUCCAGAGAAACCCCCGACCCCCUCAAAGGAGGAAGCCAAGACUCCAGCUGUCAAAUCCCCUGAAAAGCCACCAACACCCUCAGAGGAUGAGGCCAAGACCCCAACAGUGAAGUCCCCAGAGAAACCCACACCCCCCUCAAAGGAUGAGGCCAAGACCCCAACAGUGAAGUCCCCAGAGAAACCCACACCCCCCUCAAAGGAUGAGGCCAAGACCCCAACAGUGAAGUCCCCAGAGAAACCCACACCCCCCUCAAAGGAUGAGGCCAAGACCCCGACUGUCAAGUCCCCAGAGAAACCCCCAGCCCCUUCUAAAGAGGCCAAGAGCCCAGCUGUGAAAUCCCCAGAGCCACCUGCAACUCCCUCUAAGGAGGAAGCCAAACCCCCAUCUGUGAAGUCCCCAGAGAAGCCCCCAAGCCCCUCUAAGGAGGAGGCCAAGACCCCGGCUGUGAAGUCCCCAGAGAAAGCCAAAUCUCCCACGAAGGAGGAGGCCAAGUCUCCGCAGAAGGAAGUGGCCCCAGGCAAGGAGCCAAGCCCUGCUCCAAAGGCCCCCGCCAAGGAGGAGCAGCCCAAGGAGGUGAAGGCUCCCUCCAAGCCUGAGCAGGGUAAGAAGGAGGAAGCUCCCAAGAAGGACGUCCCAGCCAAGGCAGAGGAGAAACCCAAGGAGAAGGCAGCUGCUGUGCCAGAACCUCCAGCUCCACAGGCCAAAGAGACCAAGCCAAGCCCCAAACCUGCCGAAGAGGGAAAAGCUGAGGAGGCUCCAGCAAAACCUCAGCAGGAGGUCAGCAAAGCGGCCACCAAGGAGGCUGAAAAGCCAAAGGCUGAGGAGAAGGUAGAAGAGCCCAAGAAGAAAGUAGAAGAACCCAAGAAGGAGAAGGCAGAGGAGCCCAAGAAAGCAGAAGAGCCCAAGAAAGAAAAGGCAGAGGAGCCCAAGAAGGAGAAGGCAGAGGAGCCUAAGAAGGUGGAGGAACCCAAGAAGGAGAAGGCAGAGGAACCCAAGAAAGUGGAGGAACCCAAAGCUAAAGCAAAACCCAAAGAUGAGCCCAAAGCCAGUAAGGAACCCCCCAAAGCCGAGGCUCCCUCCAGCAAGGAGGGCACAGCCCCAGAGCCGGGGAAGAAGUGAUGGAAGAGUCCCGGGCGCCGAAGGCACCUCCGGGCACGGGAGCUGCUCCACUCCCUCCGAUGGCUGGGCCCAGGGUGGGACCCCAGGGACCCCCAGGGCCCCCCAGGCCAGGCUUUCCCUUAGCAAUAGGCCUGUGAGAGCCCCUCCGGUGGGCGAUUGCUUCCCUCGCAGAACGUGAUAUUCGCCGAGCGCCACAUUUAAACACUUGAAUUAUAACCCAGGGGAAGAGGGGGGACCCCCAGGGGAACCCCACCACCCUUCUCCUCUAAGUGCAUUUAUUUAAUGUAUGUGCAAUGGAUGGAUGAGUGCAAUGCAGAGCUGUAGCUGCUUGGGGGGGCUGGCGGGGUCCUGCCCUGCCCUGGGGGGUGACAGUCCCUCUGGGCAGAGGUGGGAGAGGCUGGGAGCUGCUGGAAUGCUCACAGACACACACGGUGCACCAGGAACCUCAGCCCACUGAUUUUUGCUUUCUGUGCAAUAACCAAAUAAAAAGUGCUUACAGAGA